CAAAGAAGACGUCGGGCUGAAACUCAACGGAACCGAGCCAAACCCUGGUUUCGGGGUUUAAGCCUGAAGGAGCCUCUUCUCUAAUCAGUGUUUCUUCACUACAACAAUGGAGGGAGUAUCCUACGCUCGCAUGCCAAGAGUCAAAAUUCGAGAGCUCAAGGACGACUAUGUCAAGUUUGAGCUUCGAGACACCGAUGCUAGCAUCGCCAAUGCCCUCCGCCGCGUCAUGAUUGCCGAGGUCCCCACUAUUGCCAUUGACCUCGUCGAAAUCGAGGUCAACUCGUCCGUCCUCAACGACGAGUUCAUCGCUCACCGCCUCGGCCUCAUCCCCCUCACGAGCGACCGCGCCAUGGCCAUGCGCUUCUCGCGUGACUGCGAUGCCUGCGACGGUGACGGCCAGUGUGAGUUCUGCUCCGUCGAGUUCCACCUCAGAGUCAAGUGCAUGACUGACGAAACCCUAGAUGUUACCAGCAAGGACCUCUAUAGCUCCGACCACACGGUAGUUCCUGUAGACUUCUCUGACCCUGCUGGUAUGGAGGCUUCUGAGAACAGGGGGAUUAUAAUUGUGAAGUUACGCCGAGGGCAAGAACUAAGGCUGAGAGCAAUAGCUAGGAAGGGAAUUGGCAAAGAUCAUGCGAAAUGGUCGCCAGCAGCGACUGUAACUUUCAUGUAUGAGCCAGAAAUUCAUAUAAAUGAAGAUCUUAUGGAGUCAUUGACGCUCGAAGAGAAAAAAGAAUGGGUUGACAGUUGUCCUACCCGUGUGUUUGACAUUGAUCCUGUAACACAACAGGUUAUGGUCGCUGAUCCUGAGGCAUACACUUAUGAUGAUGAGGUGAUCAAGAAAGCUGAAGCUAUGGGCAAGCCUGGGCUUGUGGAAAUCAAUGCGAGGCAAGAUUCCUUCAUAUUCACUGUGGAAUCCACGGGUGCGAUCAAAGCUUCUCAAUUGUUAUUGAAUGCCAUUGAAGUUCUUAAACAGAAGCUAGAUGCAGUCAGGCUAUCAGACGACAAUGUGGAAACUGAGGAACAGUUUGGUGAAUUAGGUGCACAUAUGCGAGGAGGUUGAUCAGGUUUCUUCACAGCGCUUCUGAGAGGAAGUUUAGAUAGGCACAGUUUUCAAAGGAACAGAUUUAUGGUCAAAGUCAAUUAUAAACAGACGUCUAAACAUUUUAUUGAAUAUGUUUCUGUCUGUUUAUGAGAUUGGUCUGAUCAACCAAUGUCUCAGGGAUCGGACAGACGACCUAAGAAUUUUUGUUUGUUGAUAUUGUUUGUUCAACCUAGAACUUGUUUAUUGGAUCAUGUACUGAAGCGAAUAGCUGCAGCAUGUGCUGCCUCACCUCCAAUGCUAAUUAUCUUUCGAAGUCA